CAUGCAUGGAUUUCUCCUCCAAAUAUAGUCAAGUUCACAGAUAGAGAGAGAGAGAGAGAAACUAGAGAGAGAAAGCGAAAGAGAAACAAACGCUCGCUCGCUCACUCUCUCACUUUCCAUUUUUCCUCUGUUCUUUGUGCUUGUUCGUCGCCAUCGUCACCACCAACAAAGAACACAAAGAAGACAGCAGAGCUACUGAUUUAUGUUUUUUUUUUUAUUUUUUUUUUUUGACUUACAUUUUUUUCUAGUUCAUGUUACAUGGAAUCUGAGAUUUUUUUCUUUCUGGGAAAGUUUAAAUAGCAGCAACAAAGCUUUGAUCUAAUGCAAUUCUCAACCCGAGUUUUCGCUUCGAUUUUCUGAUCGGAUUGUCUUCUGUUUGAGUAGCAUUUUUCCUGUUUUAGUGUAAUGAGAUCAAGAAUCUGAGAGUUUUUCCAAAUCUCGUGAUCAGAUUCGAAGCUUUCUGAUCUGAAUUUCCGUAUUUGGUUGAGUUUUGAUUCGAACCGAUGGAAGAAGAUCAAGAGUUGAAGUAUGUGUGCAAGUUCUGCACCAAGAGCUUCCCCUGCGGCAGAUCCUUGGGAGGUCACAUGAAAUCUCACUUGACCAACCAUUCGCCGGAAACAGAGGAAAAGCUCAACACCGGCAGACUUAAGCCCUCGUCAGGCAACAAUGGUGAUUCUGAUUUCGGAGGAGGACCACAUCAGCAACCCGGUUACGGCCUCAGGGAGAAUCCGAAAAAAACUUUGAGACUCGCGGAUUUGAGUGAGGAGACUUCGUUUCUUCUGGACAAGUUUUGUAGAGAAUGUGGCAAAGGGUUUCAGUCUUGGAAAGCUCUGUUUGGUCACAUGAAGUGCCACUCAGAAAAAGAAAGAGUUUCGAUUGAGAGCUUUGAAGAACAUGAAGGUUCUUGGACUAGCCAAUCAGACAACGAAACUCCUACUGCUGCUGCUCCCAAUCGGAGAAGAAGAUCGGGGAGAAGAAGAACAAGGUACAUGGGAGCAACAACUUCCUCUUCUAAUUUUUCAAUUGCUAAUGCUUCUGUUCCUGCUACUACUACUUCCUCUGUUUCCGAGACUGAGCAGGAACAAGAAGAGGUUGCUAUGUGUUUGAUGAUGCUUUCGAGGGAUUCGAGUCACUGGGGAGGGUUAAAAUUAGUACCUCAUAACUCUCCCGAUGAUAAUUCAGGAUUCUCCGAUUCUCCAUCAUCAGUUAGAACAAUUGCGGAUAUUAAGGGUAAGAUUGAUGAAACUUCGAAACUGAAGAACAAACUCACUAAAAAGGUAUUGGAGCCUCGAGAUUUCGAGUCCCUAGCAGUACUAGAAGAUAGAAAAUCCAAGUUUUGCUCUUCUGAUGGCGGGUUUUCAAAGAAUGAUAAAUUGGGUUCCAACAAGUACAACUCAAGCAAGAGAAAGAUCAGAGAGGCUUGUGAUUUCGAAUUGAGGUCAGAUAAGACCCCGAAAAAAUCGAGUACUAGUAGAGCUGAUGCUUUGGAUUCUGAAGUAGUAGUAUGCAAGAGUUCACAAAAGAGAAGCAAAUUCGAAUGUACUACUUGCAACAAGGUUUUUCGAUCGUACCAAGCUCUCGGAGGCCAUAGGGCAAGUCACAAGAAGAUCAAAGGAUGCUUCGCCUCAAAGAUCGAAAGCAGCGAAAACACCAUGGAAACCGACAUCUCCCCUGAGUCUUGCUGCAACAAUGAGAACCCCGUUGAGAAAGAAAUAGCUGAGAGCAGUGCAAAGAGUACAAAAGGGCAUUCCUGUCCAAUUUGCUACAGAGUUUUUCCAUCAGGGCAAGCAUUGGGAGGGCACAAGAGAUCCCAUUUGAUUGGUGAGGCUAAAAUUACCACCCAAACCCUAGUGAUUCAGAAGCCUGCAGCACCUGAAGUGAGAGACUUUCUUGAUCUCAACCUUCCUGCUCCUGUGGAGGAAGAGAGCAGUAGCAACCAUGAUGCAGCUGCAGUAGCAUUUAAGCCAUGGUGGGUUGGAAGGAGCAGCCAUAAGCAUGAGGCUGCCCUUGUAGGCCUCAUCUCCAACUGAGUUUCAAGUCUUUGGCCAUGGAUUCUGAUAGGGAAAUGAUCUCCUCACUGUCGGUUUGUCCUCCUGCACUCUUCCCUUUUUAUUCUUGCCAUUUGAUUGAAUAAAUCAAAUAACAGUCAAGCGAAAAAGGAGAAGAGUGCGGAAGGAGAAAAAAGAAGUGCGGAAAUUAAGAUUCUUCCAAUAAAGGUUGAAAAUUGUUGAGAUACAAAUUUUCUGGGCAGUAUGAUUCAUUAAUUCUUUACAAAUUUUAGGGUUUGCUGAGGCAUUAUUGCUGCUAAUUUGCCUCCCAAGUUAGGCCUUACCAAAUUUCAACAGUUUCAUAGUUAUCACCAUAGCCAAUUCGGUUAUACCAUAAAUGUUAUUUCCUUUAAGAUUCA